UUAAAAUAUAGUUAUACAUAAUGAUCGUUUUUUGACGGUCGGCUUUAGUUUUCCGUUUCUGGAAAAAGAUAAAAACCGCGAGUUGUCCGCUUCCGAACACACCCCGUUCCGUUAUCGUACACGUUUUCAGUGCUCUAUCAGACGGGUGAGCCGCACCACUGAGCGAGGUCAGGUCAUUCGGUCACCAGCUACGACCACCGAAUCCAUAUCGUAAACGUGAUUUGACAUAAUUCGAUUUAGUUUCUUCUUUAAAAACCACUUUCGUUCGCGAUAAUACAGUUGGAAAUAAUUACACCGACGUUUUCCAGGACUUCACCUAAUACAUUAGUCAACAAUACUGAGUUCUUAAGAACAGAUAUCAAUAACUUGUCCGUCGUUCGAUUAUUCUAUUAAUAUUUGUUAUGCGAAACUCUAUUCUCUACUUUCAUUACAACUAACUGGGAAAACAAUUAAGGCAAAAACAUGAUGCGAGACAAGACAUCUUGAAUCGCGCAGAUCUGGGAUAGCAACAGCACAUACACAUACACACUUCGGAUAUCGGAGUAAAACUUUUUUCUCUGUCUGUGAUAUUAUUUAAUUAACUUAAAAAAUGAAUCUUUUAGUCGUUAUCGAUUUCCUCGACCACAUGAUAGAGAUAGAAUCACCUAUUUGUAAUCAAAUGAAACGAUCGUUAUAAGUAGUUUUUAAGUUGUUGAUAUAAAUUCGUUAUUCCAGUUAGUUAGUUUAUUUAUCUAUUUUGUAAACAAAUAAUAAUAACAAUGAAUUCCUACAAAUAUUUUUGAAACUAUUAACAAUUUUUAAUUGUAUUUUACGCUGAAAAGUCCCUUAUACUCUGUCCAAUAUGGGUUCCAAAGAGGAAAGUAGUAACGCCAAAGCGGCCAAAAUGAGUGAUCUCAAAAAAGAAAUCGAUUUGAACGAUCACCGGAUACCGUUGCCUGAAGUGUAUGCGCGUUACGAGACGGAUCCUGAGAGAGGUUUAACGACUUCUCAGGCUAAAAGGUUACUGCUUAGGGACGGACCUAACGCACUGACCCCACCUAAAAGGACACCUGCGUGGAUCAUCCUAUUGAAACACCUGUUUGAAGGAUUUUCGAUCCUGUUAUGGACGGGUGCAGCUUUAUGUUUUCUGGCAUACGGUAUCCAGUAUUCCACUUCUGAAGAGCCCCAAGAAGAUAAUUUAUGGCUGGGAACAGUUUUAGUGCUGGUUUGUGUAAUUACAGGUGUUUUUGCAUACAGCCAAGAAGCAAAGAGCUCUAGAAUUAUGGACUCAUUUAAGAAUAUGGUACCUCAAUACGCCAAUGUUGUACGGGAUGGAGAAAGAAAAAACAUACUUAGUUCAGAACUAGUCAGAGGUGAUAUUGUGGAAGUUAAGUUUGGUGAUCGUGUUCCGGCCGAUGUCCGUAUUAUCGAAAGUCAUAACUUCAAAGUGGAUAACUCUUCUUUGACCGGAGAAACAGAACCACAACCGAGAGACUCGGUCGUAUCAAAACUGGAAGUGUUAGAAGCCAGUAAUUUAGCUUUUUUCUCCACUAAUGCAGUCGAAGGCACUGCAAAAGCCGUUGUUAUACUUUGUGGUGACAAUACUGUAAUGGGUCGUAUUGCUGGACUGACUACGAGACUGGAACAAAGAGAUACACCGAUCGCAAACGAAAUUCAUCAUUUUAUGCAUUUAAUAUCUGCUUGGGCUAUUUUUCUUGGAGUUUCAUUUUUCAUAAUGGCUUUCCUUCUCGGUUACCAUUGGCUCGAUGCAUUUAUAUUCUUGAUUGGGAUAAUUGUCGCCAACGUACCCGAGGGUCUUCUAGCUACCGUAACGGUAUGUCUAUCUUUAACGGCCAAGCGAAUGGCAUCGAAAAAUUGUGUUGUAAAACAUCUUGAAGCCGUUGAAACUCUUGGUUCUACAUCUACAAUAUGUUCUGACAAAACAGGAACACUGACUCAAAACCGUAUGACAGUUACACAUUUAAGUUACAAUAAAGAAAUAAUUGAAGUGGACUACUUCAAAGAUCCAACAGGUGUGACCGAAGAAGCAAGGAAUACUAAAGCUUACCAGUCAUUAGUUAGAGCAGGAUGUCUUUGCAGCCGAGCUGAAUUUAUAUGUGGUCAGGAUAAUACACCGGUGCUCAAAAGAGAGGUUAUGGGAGAUGCUUCCGAAGCAGCCAUAAUAAAAUUCUCUGAACUUGCCGUAGGAGAUGUCAUGGCGUUCCGGGAACAACACAAAAAAGUGGCAGAAAUACCAUUCAAUUCUUCUGAUAAAUUCCAAGUGUCAAUACAUGCUUUGCCGUCCAAAGGCCAGUUGUUAGUUAUGAAAGGAGCUCCAGAAAGGAUAUUAGCUCGCUGCACUCGAAUGCGUUAUGGUGACGGGGUUGUUGAAUUGGAUGAAAAUAUCAGACAAGAGAUGGACGAAAUAAUCGAACAGCUUGGGAGUUACGGAGAAAGAGUACUCGGAUUUUGCGAUCUUUUUUUAAGUACAGAACAAUUUCCCAUUGGUUUCAAUUUCACUACAGAUCCUCCAAACUUCCCGUUGGAUGACUUACGAUUUUUGGGAUUAAUGUCUAUGAUAGAUCCUCCGAGACCAGGAGUACCAGACGCUGUUGCUAAAUGUCGUUCAGCUGGCAUUCGUGUCAUUAUGGUAACUGGUGAUCAUCCAGUAACAGCCAAAGCUAUUGCUAAGGCCGUUGGUAUUAUCACGGAAGGCUCUGAAACUCUAGAAGAUAUUGCUAAGCGACGUCGCGUUCCGGUAUCUUCGUUAGACCCGAGAGAAUCUACAACAAUUGUCAUUCAAGGCUCAGUGUUGCGAGAUAUGACAUCAGAAGAGCUGGAACACGUUCUAAGAACGAAUAGGGAAAUCGUUUUCGCUCGUACUUCUCCAACGCAAAAAUUGCAUAUUGUUGAAGGCUGUCAAAAUCUUGGAGCUAUUGUAGCUGUCACUGGAGAUGGUGUAAACGAUUCACCCGCUUUAAAAAAAGCAGAUAUCGGUAUAGCAAUGGGUAUUACUGGUUCUGACGUAUCAAAGCAAACAGCUGAUAUGAUAUUAUUAGAUGACAACUUCGCAUCAAUCGUUACCGGAGUAGAAGAAGGGCGACUCAUUUUCGACAAUUUGAAAAAGUCAAUAGCAUAUACAUUGGCCUCUAAUGUCCCCGAGAUAACGCCUUUCUUAUUAUUUAUUGUAAGUGGUAUACCAUUACCCUUAGGAGUAGUUGCUGUUUUAUGUAUUGACUUAGGAACUGACAUGUGGCCCGCUAUAUCAUUAGCGUACGAGAGAGCUGAAUCUGAUAUCAUGUUGAGACACCCCAGAAACCCAGUUAAUGAUAAGUUGGUAAAUGGAAAGCUUAUAUUUGUCGCCUAUGGUCAAAUUGGUGUCAUUGAAGCAGUUGCAGGAUUUUUCUCAUACUUCGUCAUAAUGGCUCAGUGCGGUUGGCUACCGUAUAGAUUAUUAGGAAUUCGUAAUGAAUGGGAUUCGAAGUCUGUCAAUGAUUUAGAGGAUUCAUAUGGACAAGAAUGGACAUUCGUACACAGAAAAGAGUUGGAAUAUACUUGCCACACUGCCUUCUUUAUAGCUAUUGUAGUAGUCCAAUGGGCUGACUUAAUCAUUUGCAAAACUCGAUACAACUCGAUUUGUCACCAAGGAAUGGACAAUUGGGUGCUGAAUUUCGGUAUCGUGUUCGAAACGUUAGCUGCUUGUUUCGUCUCUUACUGCCCGGGCAUGACCGAAGUGCUCAAGACCUACCCAGUGAAAGCCGAAUGGUGGCUUCCUGCUUUACCUUUUGCCGUUGUCAUAUUUAUUUAUGACGAAUGCAGGCGUUUUUGGCUCAGGACUCAUCCCGGCGGAUGGAUCGAACGACACACAUACUAUUAAAAUAUGUUAAAUAUAACAAUAAAUAAAAAAUAAUAAUCACUAUUGCGUCAAUGUCCCUGUAAAAAACGAAAAUCAAUUAAUAUAUAAACGUUUAUCUUUGCGAAAACCUCAUUGAUUAAACAAUUUAAAUGUAUAGCUGUUAUUGUUAUUGAUAGUUUUAUUAGUUAUUUAUAAAAGCGAAUUUUUUGAAAAUUUAGAAUUAAAUUAAAAAAAAAAAAAAAA